AAUAGGAAAGUUGGAGGAAGAUACAAGAAUAAGGAAGAAGAGAAGUAGUGUGAGGUUUUGGAGGCAUAUUAAUUAUGGAGAGUUUGGAGGUGAAUUUAGAGGAAACAAGAGAGUAUUACAAGACUGGAAUAACAAAGGAAGCAUCUUGGAGAGUUUCACAGCUUAAAGCCAUACGCCAAUUUCUUAACCACAAUCAACAACAAAUUUACAAUGCCCUUUCCCAAGACUUGGGAAAACACCAUGUUGAAGCUUUUAGAGAUGAGAUUGGUAAUCUGGAAAUGUCCCUCAAUUUUGCUUUGGAAAAUUUGAAACAUUGGAUGUCUCCCAAAAAGGCAAAAUUGCCGACAAUAGCGGUGCUGAAUUCAGCAGAAGUGGUUUCCCAGCCUCUGGGAGUUGUUCUUAUAAUCUCGUCUUGGAACUUUCCGUUUGGGUUGUCGUUGGAGCCGUUGAUAGGAGCACUAGCAGCCGGAAAUUGCGUGUUUCUGAAGACGUCGGAGUUUUCUCCGGCAAGUUCAGCUUUUCUGGCCAAAAACAUCGGAAAUUAUGUUGACAAUAAAGCUGUUAGAGUUGUUGAAGGAGGCGUGGCGGCCGGCGAGCGGCUGCUGCAGCAGCGUUGGGCGAAAAUUUUCUUUACAGGAAGUGAACGAGUGGGGCGGAUUGUUAUGGCGGCCGCCGUGAAACACCUUACGCCGGUGGUUUUGGAGCUCGGCGGGAAGUGCCCUGCCAUUGUUGACUCCCUUUCGUUUUCAUGGGAUAUUGAGUCUGCUGCCAAAAGGAUCGUGAUCGGAAAAUUUGGAACCUGUGCCGGACAAGCUUGCGUAGCAAUCGAUUAUAUCCUUCUUGAACACAGAUUUAUAUCCACCUUGGUCGAGUUGCUGAAGAAGUUCAUCAAGGAACUCUUCGGUAAAGGUCCUAACCAGGCAAAAUGCAUGGCGAGGAUCAUAAACAAACAAAAUUUCUUGAGGUUGAAGAAGAUGGUGGAUGAACCUGCUGUCCAAUCUGCAAUCAUCUAUGGAGGAUCCAUGGACGAGGACAAAUUGUUUGUUGAGCCGACUAUUGUGUUGAAUCCACCAAACGAUGCAGAAAUUAUGAGAAAUGAAAUCUUUGGACCAAUCCUUCCCAUAAUUGGACUUGACAAGAUUGAAGACAGUAUAGAUUUCGUCAAUUCAAGGCCUAAGCCUCUUGCCAUUUAUGCCUUCACAAAAGACAAAGCUUUUCAAAGAAGACUCGUCUCAGAAACUACGUCUGGCAGCUUGACAUUUAAUGAUGCAAUUAUUCAGUAUGCAGUGGAUACACUCCCGUUUGGAGGGGUUGGUGAAAGUGGGUUUGGCAGAUACCAUGGAAAAUUCUCAUUCGACACCUUUAGUCAUGAAAAGGCAAUUGUGAAAAGGAGCUUCUUGGUGGACUUCUGGUUCAGAUAUCCCCCCUGGAACAAUCACAAGCUCCAGCUACUUAGACACACUUACAAUCUUAACUAUUUUCAGUUAGUACUCACUGUUUUGGGUCUGAAAAAAUCUUAAUUAUUAGAAGACACGUCUUCCUUGGCUUCUCUUCAGAUCCUCAUUCUACCGUACAAAUAAAACAAAUAUCUACUUUUGUAAUAACAAAAUGUGUAUUCAAUUUCAAUGAGGACAAUCCCAUCUUAAUUCUUGUCAGUUACCAUUACUCCUUUAAAUAGUUAAAUGUUAAUUGGGGUCACCACCUUAUCUCUAGCCAAUACGAUCCCAACUGUAAAAGUUCAAUACUCUUUGUCAUCUUUACUUAUUUAUUUCAAGAGCAUCCUAUUAGAUGAACAAAA